AUGGCGGAGGCAGAGACGUUUGCAUUUCAAGCUGAGAUCAACCAGCUUCUGAGUCUCAUCAUCAAUACUUUUUAUAGUAACAAAGAGAUCUUUCUCAGGGAACUCAUUAGUAACUCUUCUGAUGCACUGGACAAGAUCCGUUUCCAGAGUUUGACUGACAAGAGCAAGCUAGAUGCUCAACCUGAACUUUUCAUUCACAUCGUCCCUGACAAGACCAACAAUACCCUCACAAUCAUUGACAGUGGUGUUGGUAUGACAAAGGCUGAUCUGGUGAACAACCUUGGUACAAUUGCUAGGUCUGGCACCAAGGAAUUUAUGGAGGCCAUUGCUGCUGGUGCUGAUGUUAGCAUGAUCGGGCAAUUUGGUGUUGGUUUCUAUUCUGCUUAUUUGGUUGCUGAGAGGGUGGUUGUGACCACAAAGCACAAUGAUGAUGAACAAUAUGUUUGGGAAUCACAAGCUGGUGGUUCAUUCACUGUUACGAGAGAUACAUCUGGUGAGAACCUUGGCAGGGGUACCAAAAUGACCCUCUUCCUCAAGGAGGACCAGCUUGAAUACCUUGAGGAGCGAAGGCUCAAGGACCUUAUUAAGAAGCAUUCUGAGUUCAUCAGCUAUCCAAUCUCUUUGUGGGUUGAGAAGACCAUAGAAAAGGAAAUCUCGGAUGAUGAGGACGAAGAGGAGAAGAAAGAUGAGGAAGGAAAGGUAGAGGAGGUUGAUGAAGAAAAGGAGAAGGAAGAGAAGAAAAAGAAGAAAAUUAAGGAAGUCUCUAAUGAGUGGUCAUUGGUUAAUAAGCAGAAGCCCAUAUGGAUGAGGAAGCCCGAGGAGAUCACAAAAGAGGAGUAUGCUGCAUUCUACAAGAGCCUGACAAAUGAUUGGGAAGAGCAUUUGGCUGUCAAGCACUUCUCUGUUGAAGGUCAGCUUGAGUUUAAGGCUGUUCUUUUUAUUCCAAAGAGAGCUCCUUUUGACCUCUUUGACACCAAGAAGAAGCCCAACAAUAUCAAGCUCUAUGUUCGCCGUGUGUUCAUCAUGGAUAACUGUGAGGAAUUGAUUCCUGAAUAUUUGAGCUUUGUGAAGGGUAUUGUGGAUUCUGAAGAUCUUCCCCUCAACAUCUCUAGAGAGAUGUUGCAGCAGAAUAAGAUCCUGAAGGUUAUUCGCAAAAACUUGGUGAAGAAGUGCAUUGAGCUAUUCUUUGAAAUUGCUGAAAACAAAGAAGACUAUAACAAGUUCUAUGAGGCCUUCUCAAAGAACCUCAAGCUUGGUAUCCAUGAGGAUUCACAGAACAGGUCUAAGUUUGCUGAACUGCUGAGAUAUCACUCCACAAAAAGUGGUGAUGAGAUGACCAGCUUGAAGGACUAUGUAACCAGGAUGAAAGAAGGCCAGAAUGAUAUUUACUACAUUACUGGUGAGAGCAAGAAGGCUGUUGAGAACUCACCCUUCCUUGAGAAGCUGAAGAAGAAGGGUUAUGAGGUUCUUUACAUGGUUGAUGCUAUUGAUGAGUAUUCAAUUGGUCAAUUGAAGGAAUUUGAGGGUAAGAAGCUUGUUUCUGCUACCAAGGAAGGCCUCAAGCUUGAGGAGACUGAAGAUGAGAAGAAAAAGCAAGAAGAACUAAAGGAGAAGUUUGAGGGUCUUUGCAAGGUGAUUAAGGAUGUUCUAGGUGACAAGGUUGAGAAAGUGGUGGUCUCUGACCGUGUAGUGGAUUCUCCUUGCUGCUUGGUUACUGGAGAGUAUGGUUGGACUGCCAACAUGGAGAGAAUCAUGAAGGCACAAGCUCUCAGGGACUCUAGCAUGGCUGGAUACAUGUCUAGCAAGAAGACCAUGGAGAUCAAUCCUGAGAAUGCCAUCAUGGAUGAGCUCAGGAAGAGAGCUGAUGCUGAUAAGAAUGACAAGUCCGUCAAGGAUUUGGUUCUAUUGUUGUUUGAGACUGCUCUUCUCACUUCAGGUUUUAGCCUUGAUGAGCCAAACACAUUUGGCAACAGAAUUCACAGGAUGCUGAAGCUUGGUCUGAGUAUCGAUGAGGAUGGUGGAGAUGCUGAAGCUGACAUGCCAGCAUUGGAGGAUCCUGAAGCUGAUGCCGAGGGCAGCAAGAUGGAAGAAGUCGACUAA